AUGCGGCGCACCGCGCUUCUGUCGCGCACUGCACGCCGUGGCCCGGGGGGCUGGACGGAGCCGACGCUGCGGCGGGCCGGCACCUUCGUGGACGAGCGUGCCGGCGGCGCCGCGGCGACAGCGACAGCGGCAGGAGCAAAGGGCCCCGCGACCUCAUUUCUUGGCGGCCCUUCCUCCGCUGUGAAGGGCGUGUUCGGGGUGGAGGACUUCUCUAUGAUCAAGCGGCAGCAGAUGACGCUCACGAAGCUGAUUCAUUUGACUAUGGACGCGACAUUUCGGCCGAAGGACCCUGACAGUUAUGCGCACGGCGGCGACGGCGCGACGCAGCGGGCGGCGCUGCGCGAGGAGCUGAAAACGAUGGACCACCGCAUUACCCCCUUUGCCCAUGAAGAGCUGCUCAACGACUACCUCAAGAACGUCAUGGCGUUUACUGGCCCAUCUGGGCAGGUGUGUGACCGGGAGCUGCUGCGGGGGCGCUUGGUGGGCUUGCUUUUUUUUACGGAGUCGGAGCGGUCGUUGACCUUUAUGCGGCAGCUGCAACCUUUUCAUCAGAGGCACCGACAGGACUUUGUGGUUGUUGGUAUUUCCAUGGGCGGCAAGGAGAUGGUAGAUGUGACGCGGCAGCAUGGCUUUUUUCACUGCACCCACCGCGACGGCGCGACGUGGGUGACGCGGGACGCAGGGGUCAUGGUGCGGCCGCUAACGCCACUCCCGCGCUUGAUUGUGGUUGACGGCACAAGUGGCGAGGAGAUCACGCGUAGUGGAUUGACGGCGGUGGUGACGCACCCGGAAACGUGCUUUGCGGCGUGGCGCCGUGGGGCUCCCGGACACGAGUGGUGGGACUACUUCAAGACGUUUUACUUGUAA